AUGGAAAGGGCAUUAAAAGAGAAGCCCAGACCCAGCCAAUCCCCUGCAGGAGGCUCGAAACUCUCAGCCAAUCAGAAGGUGCGGGAGGAGAGGUUAAGGAUAAUUACAAAGAUGGCGACAGAGUCGAAUAGUGACGGGGAGGUGCAAUAUCAGGGACAGAAGAGGCGCGAUGCCAUCUGCAAUUUUGUCAUCUGCAACGAUGCUUCCCUGCGAGGCCAGCCCAUCAUCUUUAACCCCGACUUCUUUGUGGAGAAGCUCCGCCACGAGAAGCCCGAGGUGUUCACCGAGCUGGUGGUCAGCAACAUCACCCGCCUGAUUGACCUGCCCGGGACGGAGCUGGCGCAGCUGAUGGGGGAGGUGGACCUCAAGUUCCCCGGCGGGACCGGCACGGCGUCGGGCUUCUUCCGAUCGCUCAUGUCUCUCAAGCGCAAAGAAAAAGGAGUGGUAUUUGGAUCACCGCUGACGGAAGAAGGCAUUGCUCAGAUAUACCAACUGAUUGAAUAUCUACACAAAAAUUUGCGAGUAGAAGGUUUGUUUCGAGUUCCAGGGAACAGUGUCCGACAGCAAAUCCUAAGGGAUGCUCUUAACAGUGGAACUGACAUUGACUUGGAGUCUGGGGAGUUUCACUCCAAUGAUGUGGCCACUCUGCUGAAGAUGUUUCUGGGGGAGUUACCGGAGCCCCUGCUGACCCACCGGCAUUUCCAUGCACACCUGAAAAUUGCAGAUCUCACGCAGUUUGAUGAUAAAGGAAACAAGACCAGUAUCCCUGAUAAAGAACGCCAAAUUGAAGCCCUGCAGUUGCUCUUCCUGAUUCUUCCACCACCCAAUCGUAGUUUGCUGAAGCUACUGUUGGACCUUCUAUACCAGACAGCAAAGAAACAAGACAAGAAUAAGAUGUCUGCCCACAACCUUGCCCUGAUGUUUGCCCCUCACAUCCUGUGGCCAAAAAAUGUCACUGCAAAUGACCUUCAGGAGAACAUCACAAAGCUGAAUAAUGGGAUGACUUUUAUGAUCAAACACUCUCAGAAACUUUUUAAGGCUCCAGCAUAUGUUCGGGAAUGUGCCAGGCUGCAUUAUUUGGGCUCUAGGACUCAUGCAUCAAAGGAUGACCUGGAUCUGCCAACCUCAUGUAGUAGUAAGGAUUUUCAGCUUUCAAAAUCUCAUAAAAGGACCCGGAUGAACACUUGUUUCCAACAGGAAGAGACACAACAACGCACAGAGGAGGCCCUUAGAGAGUUGUUUCGACACGUUCACAACAUGCCUGACUCUGCAAAGAAGAAGAAGCUCAUUCGACAGUUUAAUAAGCAGCCAGUAGUUCAAACUCCAGGAGCAGAUGGAGCUACUCCCCAGUUUCAGAAACGGACUCGUUCACGUUCCUUCAGUGGACUUAUUAAGCGGAAAGUCCUGGGGAAUCAGAUAAUAAUGGAAAAGAAAAAUAGGUGUUGUACUCCGGAAUCUGUGGACAUUGGUGAAUUGAACAGAUCCAGCAAAGAAAAUGUGAAUGUAGUUUGUCCUGGAUCUCCAGCACUGAAGGGGACACCAGCAAGAUUAAAAUUCUCUGAGAACAAGAAAGAAGGGAGAAAAGGAAUCCUGUAAAGGAAACCAGAAUUCUCAGGCUUUCUACCCAAGAGUCUUCCAUUUAGCACAAGCUAGGUGGGAGUCAACUAUA